AUUGCGGCCAGCAUCCAAACGAAUCACUGAUCAGAUCCAGACGAAGAAGAGACACGGCAGAAAGAACACCCGUAUUUUUGCCAAUAGUUUCAGGACACUCUGCGACCCAAGGAAUGUUCCCCUGGCAAGUGGGCAUUAGGAAAAUUCGUAAUGAAACAAAUACUAGACCACACUGUGGAGGAACUAUUCUCAGUUCAUUCUGGAUUCUUAGUGCUGCACAUUGUUUUGAAACAAGAGCUUUGAAAUCAGAGCUGUUGAUAAGAGUUGGUGACUGGAACAAUGAAGUAACAGAUUCAAACGAGGAGGAAUUUGAAAUCGAAGAAAUUUACAACCAUCCUGAAUACAUAAGAUACGAUGAUGGAAGUCUUCACAAUGACAUAGCUUUACUAAAAGUAAAACCUAAGCGUGACCAUGGCAUAACAAUGGGUUCACAUGUUCAGCCUGCCUGUCUGCCACCAGAAGAUACAGUGUACAGUGAAAACCUUGAUUGUUACAUAUCUGGAUGGGGCAGAACUAAAUAUGAAAUAUUUCCACAUCUUCUGAAAUAUGCACAAAUUCCUAUUGUAAACCAGACAACCUGCAAAAGACUUAUGGAAAUGAAAGGCUACAACAUAACGGACAGCACGUUUUGUGCAGGUUACAUUAAUGGAGGCUCUGAUACCUGUCAAGGGGACAGUGGUGGUCCUCUGGUCUGUAAAGUCAAUGGUAAAUACACUGUAUUGGGUGUAACUUCGUGGGGAUACGGCUGUGGGCGUCCAAAUUCCCCAGGGGUGUAUGCCAAUGUCAAAAGUCUUGUGCGGUGGAUCAGAGAGAAACAUGCUGCAUAUUAUUCAGUGAAUCUUCGGACUUCUUAAAAUCCAUUUUGCUAUAUUAGCACAGUUACCUCAGUGCACUAUUAGUUGACAUUCCUCAUCAUUUUUUCCAUAAUCUCAGGAAUAUGUGUCAAUUUUAAAAUUAAUAAAUGCACUUAAUGAAAAGUA